AGCGUACGGACCCGAUACCGUCCGGGACAUAUUCCGGGUUUUACAUUGUUCAAAAUGUCAGCGCCCACUUCUUUCUCACAUGAAGUUGUUUACCUUUUCAUUUUCUCGUUUUACAUGUUAUCACAGAUUUGAGUCACAUUUAAGCAUGAGCAGUUUUGUCUCCAGUAUCAAUCAUAUUAGCGGGAAGUCAUCCUGGGUCAUGCAAGAUGAAAAUUAUGACUAUCAUCAAGAAAUAGCAAGGUCAGCAUAUGCAGAUAUGCUACAUGAUACAGAACGGAACAAAAAAUAUUUCUUAGCUCUGGGGAAGGCUAUUCAGUUGAAACGUGAUAAAGGGGAAAAAGUACAUGUCCUUGACAUUGGAACUGGUACUGGACUUUUGUCAAUGAUGGCAGCUUCCUUAGGAGCAGAUACAGUUACAGCAUGUGAGGCAUUUAAACCUAUGGCUGAUUGUGCUAGGAAAAUAAUACAACAAAAUGGUUAUGGAAACAAAAUCAAAUUGAUACCAAAACGUUCCACUCAUGUUUCAGUUGGCCCAGAUGGAGACAUGUCACAUCGUGCUAACAUCUUGGUUACAGAAGUGUUUGACACAGAACUAAUUGGAGAAGGAGCAAUAGGAACAUAUACUCAUGCACACAAAGAAUUACUAGAGGAAAAUUGUAUAGUAGUUCCAUCAUCAUCCAACAUGUAUGUACAAGUUGUCUCAUCUGAGUUCAUCAGUCGAUGGAAAGAUAUACAGCCAAUCAAAUUGCAAGGAUGUGAUGAUGUCAGACCACCUUCAGAUACGACGAGUUGUAGUGGAGCUAUUGCAUUACAUGACUUACAACUUCAGCAGCUUCCAAGAGAUCAAUUUACUUGUCUUUCUGAGCCUUUGAAAGUAUUUAGAUUUGACUUCAGUGGCAAAAAACCUCUAGUUAGUAACAGACAGUCAGAAGUCUUUUUUGAAGCUUUAUCUAAUGGUCAUGUGGAUGGUAUUUUGAUGUGGUGGGAUUUACAGAUGGACACAAAUGGGGAAAUUGAUCUCAGCUGUGCACCUGACUGGGUACACCCUAAUCUGAAGGAAUUACAGUGGAGAGAUCACUGGAUGCAGGCAGUGUAUUAUCCCAGCAAUAUUUUGCCAGUACUGAAAGAUGAUAAAGUGAAGGUCAUCAGUAACCAUAGUGAAUACAAUUUGUGGUUUGAUGUAGCAAAAGAAAACUCUAAUGGAAACACUAAGAUUAGUAAUGGACCAGAUUGCUUUUGUGGUAUACAUACAGCCAUUAGUAGGACUAGAUUUGGAAUGAUAAAUGACCCAGAUAGAAGACAAAUAAUUAUUGAUGCGUUGAGAAAGAAUAUUAAAGAUGAUACAGUAUGUCUAUGUAUAAGUGAUGGAAGCCUUCUACCACUGAUAGCCACUAGACUUGGUGUCAAACAGGUUUAUACUGUAGAAUCUAAUCCAUUGUGUAAAAGAAUUGUUGAUAGAUUCAUAGAAGAAAACAGUCUGAGUGAAAAGAUCAAGGUGAUAGAGAAACAUCCAGAGAAUGUGACCAUUGAUGAUGUUGAUGGAAACAAGGUUGACUUAGUUGUAGGAGAACCAUAUUUCCAAACAUCAAUGUUACCAUGGCAUCAUAUACAGUUCUGGCAUUCUGUAAAAUGUUUAUCCAACGUUUUGCAUCCUGAGACAAUAGUUUUACCAUGUAGAAUGACUAUAAAGGCUGUAGCUGUAGACUUUAUAGAUCUCUGGAAGAUAAAAGCGCCUGUUGGAAACUGUGAGGGUUUUGAUUUGGAUAUUUUUGACAAAUUAAUUGAGGCAUCGUCUGAUAUAGCAGAUGAGACAGUAGAACCACAGCCAUUAUGGGAAUAUCCUUGUCAAGCCAGAAGUGAUGUUAAGAAUGUCUAUACAUUUGAUUAUACAGAUUUUGUAAGCAAGAAAACAUUACCUUGUAUGACCAACACAAAACUGAACAUUAACAGUCAUGGUAGUUGUAAUGGAAUUGUGUUAUGGGCUGAUUUUGAUUUUGGAGAUGGAAAUGUUGUAACAACAGGACCAAGGGACAUAACUGUGAUCAACAAGAAAAUAGAAUGGGAUUAUUAUUCUAGACAAGGUGUACACUUACUGAAGAAGCCAGUACAUAUUUCUACAGAGGAUUUAAAGCUUAGCAAACACUGUGUUAUUAAGAUUGAAACAAAAUUUGAACCUUUUAAAAGUGAUGAUUUUGCAUUUGCAUUUUCUAUGGAAUAUUGUCAAUAAAAUAACAAAGUGAUUUUAUUAA